AUCAAUGUUUUAUUGUGUUUUAAAAGAAUAUGUCUGUACAUGUACAUGUGCAAAUAAUAAUGUGUGAAUAAUCUCCUUCACGAUCACUAAGAUUUGUUAGGUGUAAUUUUUAGCUUAGGAAAAAAUAAAGCAUUUCUGCAUAUAUUUAUUCAUACAAGAUCAAAAUGGGUAAACCAGACUUGGACAAACGUGUUCUCUCUAUACAAAGUCACGUCGUACACGGUUAUGUUGGGAAUAAAAGUGCAGCAUUUCCAUUACAGGUAUUGGGUUUUGAAGUUGACGCCAUAAAUUCUGUGCAGUUAUCAAAUCACACUGGUUACAAAGCCAUUAAAGGGCAAAUACUGCAAGAAAAGGAACUUGUUGAACUCUUUGAAGGAUUAGAGGUCAAUAACUUGCUACAAUUUUACUCUCAUUUACUAACGGGUUAUACGGGUAAUGGGUCAUUUCUAAAACGAAUUUCCUUUAUUGUAAAAAAGCUAAGGGAAAUCAACCCCCGUUUAAUAUAUGUUUGUGAUCCUGUCAUGGGCGAUAACGGCAAAAUGUAUGUACCUGAAGAUUUACUGCCAAUUUAUCGCGAUGAAAUUAUACCCCUUGCCGAUAUAAUAACUCCAAACCAAUAUGAAGUAGAAUUACUAACGGAAAAAAAGAUUACUAACGAGGACGAUGUUUGGUCGGCGGUUCAAUGGUUCCAUGACCGUGGUAUCGAAACCGUGGUGAUUUCUAGCAGUGAGCUGGGCAGAGAAAACGAGUUACGCGCUUUUUUAAGCAAGAAAAAUGGCAAUCGCUACAUAAUAAAUAUUCCACGACAAGGAACCGGUAUAUCAUUUACAGGUACUGGUGACCUCUUCGCUUCGCUUUUCCUAGCACACAGUCACUCCACGAAUGAUUUGGGUGUCGCUUUUGAAAAGACGAUAGCCUCAUUGCAAGCUGUAAUAAAACGCACACUUGAAUCGAUGCCCGAGGAAGUUUUGUCCGGCAAACGUAAAGUAACUGCACAAGAGUGUGAACUUAAAUUGAUACAAAGUAAAAAAGUUAUUGAAAGCCCACUGGUAGUGCUAAAGGCACAAMAAAUUGAAUAACCGUAAAGUCGUUUUUAUUUUACCGGUUUGUUGACACAGAGAACAAAGGCAAUCAAUCCCUAUAGUGUUUAAGUGACAUUUUGAGUCUACACAUUCUAUUUAAAAACGUAUGAUAAUUAUAUGUACGUAUGUAUGCAUGCUUGUUAUUUGGCUGUACUUCGCAUUGUUAUAUUAUAAUAUUUAGAGGACAAUAAUAAAUGUAAAAUAUUAUAUGCAGAAAAUGAGAA